GCCGGGAACCGGUCCAGCUUAAGCGAAGAUUCAUGAGAUUAAAGACACAGCGAAAAAAAAAAAUCUUCCAACACGAACUCUAUUUAUUCGACUACCAAGACGCACAGCAUCAUUUGUGAAGUGUGAUCGUCACCGAUCGGUCACAGCGUGAAAGUCGGCUGGGUGCUUCCAGUAGUGACACGGGUGGUAGUAGCAGCAGCAGUAGCUGCCGGAUCAAGUGGAAAGAUUUGUGGUGACCAGUGUUAGUCGUCUGUUCAUCCACAGACAACAAGGACCUAAGAAUGGCUCGUGUGUUUCUUGCACUCCUUCUGGCCACCAUUGUGGCCCUGACCAACGGCCAGGUAGACGAGGUACUAAAAUGGCAGAAGGUCGAGUACGAUGUGCCGGCGGAAGUGUUGCAACGCGAGAAUGGCUACAUACCGAUCGGAAACAUUCCGAUGGGUGCCGUACAUCACAAGAACCGAGUGUUUGUGGCCGUGGCGCGCCGUCGCUGGGGAAUCCCGUCCACGCUAAACGUGGUCGACAUUUCGCCACCCUUCCCCAACACGAACGUCGUCCUGAAGCCGUACCCUAACUUUGCUCUGAACGAGCUUCGGGCGGAUCUGCAACCCGACGAGAACCGUAUCGUUACGGUUUACCGUCCACGUGUCGAUCGCUGCGACCGGCUGUGGUUUGUCGACACGGGCAUGAUGGAAAUCCCCGGCAAUUUCACCAUCGUACAAAGGCCCUCGGUGUGGUCGAUCGAUCUUACAACCAAUCAGCCGAUCCAUCGCUUCGAAAUCCCGAAGGAAGCGGUCGAAACCGGGUACGGCCUAACGUCCAUCACGCUCGAUGUCGAUCCGACGGACUGCGAGAAGGUGUUCGUGUACAUUUCCGACCUGCAAACGUACCGCAUGGUAGUGUACGAUUAUGCGAACCGACGGGCCUGGCGCUUCCUGCACAACUACUUCUUCCUGAACCCGGUCGAGGGUGACUACAACAUCCAGGGCAUCAACUUUGCCUGGGACGAUGGCAUCUUCUCGAUCGCGCUCGGCAAUCCGGACCCGGUCACCAAGUUCCGCACCGCCUACUUCCACGCCCUGUCGAGCAACUCCGAGUUUACCGUGUCGACGGAAGUGCUGCGCAACGAGACGGCAUCCCAGCGUUCCUGGCACGGUACCGACUUCAAGCUGCUGGGAUACCGUGGCAGCAAGUCACAGUCGAGCAUACACGCGUUCGACCGGGAAACGGGUGUCAUCUUCUUCGCCCUGAUCCAGCAGAACGCCAUCCUCUGCUGGGACUCGAACAAACCGUUCGCACCGCAAAACAUGGCGAUCGUGUACAAGAACGAUCGCGACAUCGUUUAUCCCAACGAUCUGUCGAUCGAUCAAAACGGUUACGUGUGGUUCAUGACGAACUCCAUCAUCAAGCUGCUGUACGCCCAGCUGAAUCUGGACGAGUUCAACUUCUUCGUGUGGCGGGCCAACAUUAAGCAGAUCAUCAAGGGUACCGUAUGCGACCCGGCCAACCCGCCGAACGUGCAGUCCGGCCAGCGGUUUGGAGACGAGUACAACAAUGAUCGCGUAACGUUCUACGAGUUCAAGGACAAGCACGGACCGGGCGGUGGUCCGUACGGUGGCUGGGGGCACGGUCCGAGUCGCCCCGGUCGACGACCGUGAAACGGGUUCGAGCCGGUCUCACUACCACUAGCUAAGGCCCCACGGGUCCCUCUGUCCCCAGAAUCAGAGAGCAUCAAAUAAACGACGUCUGGUUUGUUUUUUUCCGCAA